UUCAAAAUGGCGUCCUUUUGUAAACAAAUUAUAAUAAAAAGUUACAGGUUCGUUUCUGGCUCUGCCAAACCUGCUUUAUUAAAUGUCUGUUCUUGCCAAAGAGUUCGAUAUUAGAAAAUCAGUGUUUUCAAGAGCUGAGAAGGGAUUAGGAAUGUUCUUGUGUUUGUUUAUACUCAUGACCAAUCCACGAAGAGAGAGCAAUGCAAGUCUUGACGUGUUACCGACCGCCACCAUUGUUGAAAACUUGAAAUGGUGCCAGCGGUCUCGGCGAAAGAACUUGUAAAGCUUUGACAUGGGGACUUUGUAUGAAUGCCUCCGAGAAGCAAGACUAGAACAGUUUUACCCUGCAUUUCGUGCAAAUGGAAUCACUCGCUCAGAGGCACUUAUUAAUUUAGGAAUGCCAGAAUUCUGUGCUUUAGGAAUCACAGCUAGUGAAGACAAACGACGCCUCAUUGAACUUGUCAACAUAAUAAAAUCAGUCCACAGCUCUGGUCUGUCUGACAGUCCCAUUUUCCCCAGAAGAAAUAUUAACCCUCAACAUCAUCAUCCUAAUCAUAACACUCCGUCAAGCAGUUCACCAUCUUCGACAAAUAAUGCUCCAACUACCGCUCAGGCAGACACUAAUCAAGGUUUCUCUUCUGGGAGAGGAACCUCACACAACCCAAACAGAAACCGCAAUCAGUCAUUAAAUCGAGGAAACUCAUUUGCUGAGCAGAGUAGUCCAGGGACUCAACGUUUUGGAGCAUCUAGAGAUGUUUCUGUACGGGACAGAGUACCUAACUUUUCUGCUGCCUCCUAUUUAGACAUGUUGCAAUUCAUGUCUGAGAGUAGUGAUGAAACAGAAGAUGAGGGGGAUGAAGAGUCAGGGGAGGAAGAGGAGGCAGUGGUGAUGGGAGGCGCUGCUGCAGUACUUCAUCCCCGUAAUGUAACUUCUCCCAGUGCUGUUAGAGCUUCUACUUCAAGAGGACCUGUUGAGCGAAUUAAGCAUUCUCAAGAGAAAAGUUACAAUUAUGGUGUUCACAAACUGGGCUCACCAUCAAAAGUUUCAAAAUCUUCUCGGGGUGGGUCAGGAAGACAUUUAGGAGAUGAAAAAAUCAAAGUGUGUGUUAGAAAGAGGCCCCUAACUAGAAGAGAGCAAAGAGGAAAGGAAGAUGAUGUUGUUACUGUUGAAAGCACUAAUACCCUGAUUGUGAAUGAGCCCAAGUUGGCAGUGGAUUUGAAAGCUUAUACUUUACAGCAUGAAUUUGUGUUUGAUGAGGUCUUUGAUGAGUCAUGCUCCAAUGAGGAUGUUUACAUCAGAGCUGCAAGACCUUUGAUUAGCUGCAUCUUUAAUGGGGGCACAGCCACUUGCUUUGCAUAUGGUCAGACAGGUGCUGGGAAAACGCAUACAAUGCUUGGAAAUGAAAAUGUACCUGGCCUGUACCUGCUUGCUGGUCAGGACAUCUUUUCCAUUAUACAGUCAGAGAAAUACGGAAGUGAGUUACAUGUGUGGGUCAGCUUCUUUGAAAUCUACUGUGGACAACUAUUUGAUCUGCUAAACAGGAGGAACAGGCUUCAUGCAAGGGAAGAUGGAAGUCGUCAAGUUUGUAUUGCUGGCUUGACAGAAACAGAGGCAACAAGUGUGACAUCACUAGUGCAGACUCUGGAAUAUGGCAACUCAGUCAGGAGUAAAGGAGCCACUGGGGUGAACCCUGAUUCAUCUCGCUCUCAUGCAAUUCUUCAGUUAGAUAUACGCAACAGUGAUGACAUCAAAGUUGGCAAAAUUUCUUUUAUUGAUUUGGCUGGGAGUGAGCGGGCUUCAGAUGUAACAGACACAGACAAGCAAACACGUCUAGAAGGAGCUGAAAUCAAUCAAAGUUUGCUGGCUUUAAAAGAGUGCAUUCGAUCUAUUGAUCAAGACAGCAGGCACACCCCUUUCCGUCAAAGCAAGCUAACCCACAUCCUGAAGGAUUCUUUUAUUGGAAACUCACGCACUUGUAUGAUUGCAAAUAUCUCACCUACGCAAACAGCUUGUGAAAAUACGUUGAAUACCCUGCGCUACGCAGACAGGGUGAAAGAGCUGAAACGAGACUCUGUUCGGGGCAGCAGUACAGUUGGGCAAGCCAUGAAUCUGUUGAUGAACAUACCCCCGACAGCCCCUACGAUAUUCCAUCCUUCCAACAUCUUGUCUAGUUCAACACCCAUGAGACAGUCUACACAGUCAAGGCGAGAAAGAUUAAAUGAGCCAUCUGAGAUAGACCUGGAUCCCUCUGAAACUCCAAUCAGAGGCCAUAACAUGCCCAGACGGUCAAAUUUUGCUAAAGACAACUCGAGGUCAAAUCGUAACAACACUGUUGGACAGUCCCAGCAGGCGUCCACCAAAGUUCGCUCAGAUCAGCCCAGUGCAGCAGCAUCUGUGUUAAAACCAGUCCCAAGCAGUGCUCCGUCACGUUCUCGUUCGGUAGACACAGCUGCUUCUCAAGGUUCCGUUGUUCCCCCCCCAGACGCAUCUCCUAGUGAGUCUGAUCACACAGACACAGAUUCAUGUAAUGUCACAAACCCCACGUAUACUCUCACCUCACGACCCAGAGGAAGACAACUUCCAGUCGCUCAGUCCACAGAUACAGAGUUUGAUUUUCCAACUUCAGAUUUUAACAAUGUAGAUGAUUUCAACGACUUAAAUCGCACAGAUCCUAACAAAGUAGGGGAACAACUUGCAGAAUCCAGAAAAACACAGAACAAAACUGCAUUACCAUCAGCUGCCACAGCUGAAAAUGUUGCAGUGACCUCAUCAUUCAGUGUUGUUCAGCCUCCCGUCACGAAACCAGUUGUGUAUACUUCUUCAGACACACAAGCUAGCAGUGUUAAAAUUUCAGGUACAUUAGCUGGCAAUGUGAAAACUUCAGCUGGUAAACCUGCUGUCCCUGAAGUCACCCAGAGAUUUCAGUCAGCUGAUGUGACACCUCCUUUGCAGUCAAAACAGAACCCCAGUUUCAAGAAAGCAUUUAUGAAGGAAGUAGUGAGUAGUGACGACAGUGUAGAUGAUGAGGAAAUGUUUGCCGAUGGACCUUUAUCUGAAGGUAGAGGAACAAAUACUCCGACCAAACCUGCGUCAAAUCUGUCCCAUGUACUGUCCACUACAGCAGCGUUAAUGAGGCCUCAACUCAUGGUGCCACAGCCAGCUGAAAGUAGUGACCUCACCAAGUUUACUCAAAGACAGACGCUCAAUGCUCCGGGUACAAAUGAUUUGUCAGGUAAACACACAGUUGGGCACAAGCUGCUCACAGAUCAGGCAGUUGGCAUUGACAGACACAAGUCUACACCAGGGUCUCAGCCAUCGGUAAGGUCAAAAUCUCCUGGUGUUAAAACAAAGCCCCAGGGUGGCCGCCCACUGCCCUCCCCACCACUGCAUGCAAGUGGACAGCAGAAUCAGGCAGCUUUGACUGUGUCAGAUAUCUCACCACCUUCGCAACAACAACCCCAGACCAAGGGGAAGUCUUCUCCCUCUCCGUCUCAAGACCUCAAAGGUAUCUUUGAUUCACCAUCAUCUCACGAGAAGUCUGAUAUUGUUGCAUCUCCUCAAGCAACUUCUAUACACUCAGACUCAGGUUCUCAGAGUCCUAAAGUGAGGAGACACUCUGAUGAUUCAGACUCAAAGCGACGUCGACGCAGGGGAUCUCACUCUCCUACAGGUGAAGUGAGCGAUGAUUCUACAGACAGCAUCAGAGCAUCCUUGUCAGAUCAAGGUCAAGGCGGUUACAGAAAAACGGACUCAGUGAAAGGACGCAUGAGGAAAGAGCGGAGCGACCCCAUACUGGCUCUGAACAUGCAAAGAAAGAAACACACUUUGCCUGAUCCAGAAAACAUUACCAAAAUGCUCACACGUAGCAACACUCCGAAAUCUGGACUGACUCAGGGCACUAGUGGGUGGAAAGUGAUUCACAGUGAGCUGCCCACUCACCACAGGGCAAGAGGCCAUCCUCAGGAGGUGGUCGAGGAGGUAGAGUGUCACAGUGAACCAGGCUCACUGGCUGCUGCUGCCAACAUUGGCCCCGAGGAUCAAGCAUCGGUUGGUGUGGCGGGACAUCUUAGUGAUGAUGGCUAUGGGGGCCUGGUCGGCAAACAAAGCAGUGUCAGGACUGUCCGAGACAACUCUCCACUGGUCAGCCUAGGGACUAAGGCCAAGCAACUGCCUCAGACGCCCCUGACUGCAGUAGGCGGGGAUAAGAAUUAUGCUGCUUCUGCAUACACCCAGAAGUUUGAGGGAAUUCAGGAAGACAAUGAGGAAUAUAGAAAACCUGAGAUAAACAUCAGAAUCAACCCUGCUAUUGUGACGGAAAAACUGGCAUCAGGAUCUGUGUUCUCUCCCAUCCACCCACAACCUGUGACCAGCGUGGGGACAAAAAUGGUUGUGGAACCUUCGGUGGCUUCUUCACUUCUACUGCAGCCAACCCCGGUCACUGCAACCACUCUGUCAGGAGUGAGUUGUGUUGCAGAUUCCGUCUCCAGGGAUGGUUCUGCUAUCAACGAAUUGCAAGAGGCUCGGAUGCAUCUUGUAUCUGCACAUGAAGAUCAGCUUGCUACCAUCACAUCAUUGUGUAAAUAUGAGAUGCGCCUGCUCCUUAAUGCAAAGAAAGUAUCUGGAAAAAAGGGUUUUGAUGACUACUUGAGGCGUGUCAGUGACAUUCUUCACCAAAAGAUGUCGGCCAUAGCAUCCCUACAAGACCAGAUUUCCCAGUUCCGUUGCAACAACAGUGUUAGUCAAAGCAGCUCUGUCACUUCUUCUGUCCAGAUGUCAGUGUCUGAGUCUCACAGCAGUGUUUCUACGCAAAAUAAUCUGACAUCCAAAUAGACAUACCAUGAACAUGGUAACAGUAAAACUCAGAACGAGUACCAGUUGACAUAAACAUGUUUUUAUUUAAGAAUUAUGGAUUUUCAGCUUGUUUUAAAUGCUGAUUUAAGUUUGAAAACGAGUUAAUUGGCCCUUUCUUGUAUAUAUAUAUAUAUAUAUAUAUAUAUAUAUAUAUAUACAAAUAUACUUGAGUUCUGAUCCCCAACCUGCUCAUAUGUGCAAGGGCACAAAAUUAUAGCAUAAAUUGUCACCAAGACUGGUUUCAAGCAUUGUUGUUUUUAUUUUUUUAUAUUUUAGAUGCCAUAAAAUGUCAGCUAACCCAUAAGUUUGUAUUUAGUUCUUGCCAUAAUUUCAUUUACAAUUAUGGUGCUCUUACCUAUUUCCAUGAAAAUGAAAUCAAGAACGCCAUUCAUUUGUUAUAUUUGUCUUAGUUUCACAGGGAAGUAAUCUCUGAGAAUUUUAUGAGUUAGGCUGGUCCCAGAGUGGCUCUGUAGGUCUGAUCUGUAGCUCGCCUAGCUCGUACCAUGCAAAUGAACGUAUACAUUAUCGUGUGGCUGAGCAGCGUCACUGUAUGAUCUGUCCGUUGUCCGCUGAGCUGCGGGACGUGUCAGACGUGCUAUUCAACAGUGUUGUAAAAACACAAUGGACAUGUGUCACUCGCAGCCUCGCUUUGUGUUCAUUUUCGACUGAAAUUCUUCAUAGAUCAUCAAAGUCAGCAAGAAGUAAGUAUUAUUAGGUGCUUUACUAUAAGAUAUUGAUGCUAGCUUCAACACUUGACCACAGAAUCCCAAGAAAUGCACUUUAUCCUACAUUAAAAUUUCGAAUCAAGAGGUUGACCUAGUUUUGACUGUUUGUUUACAUUCGUAGGCCUGUGUGCUUUUAGUUUUAGCCUAGUGCGGCUGUGCUGAUACACAGAGGGCACUCACUCAGACAUAGAAGCCAACGCACAGUGCGGCUAUGGUGACACAUAGACGGCGUGUGCUUGGCAAGCUAAAUGUCAGACUUACAGAGCCACUCUGGGACCAGCCUUAAGGUCAACUUUUUAUACAUUGCAUGAUGUGGCUCAUACUCAUGAUGAUGCUUAGGUUUUAUCAAGUUAGAGGUGCACAGUUUCUCAGCUAACUGUAUUAGCAUAUAUAUAUAUUUGCCGAUUGCUGUUGAAACUGUUUCUUGUUAAUGUUACAACAAGAUGAGCAGAUUGUCCUAUCAGGUGAUGUGAUCACUUUUGUAUAUUGUGCUCUGUAUAAUUUAUAUGUGUAAAAGACCAUUGGGCCAGAUGGUUUUUACAUAAGAAUGAAUUCACAAUGCAUUUUUACAUGGCUAGGUUAUUUUUUGUUUUGAGCUAAUAUUCUAUUUGAAUUAGUACAUUGUGAAAUCUGGAUGUUUCGUCUUUGAAUUUUGAUAUGUUGCUAAUUUUCUUUGAAGUUAAUAGCUUGACUGUACUGGGGAAGAAAUUUUUGGUCAAUUUUUUCAAAGUUAAAAUAACAUAAAUUUUAAACUGCCAGUGAGUUACAGCAUCGGAAAUGUUGUGUGAUAAAAUGCACUACACUCAAACGACAGUAAAAAAUAAUAAUGCUACAGUUGUGGAGAAACAAAAUGGAAGAUGUUUGAGGAGAAUAAGAAUGCACUUUACGUGAAUGAUACUUACUUUCUAGGUUGCUCUGCUGGUGAUUCCUACCUUUAGAGUAUCUUGAGUAAAAAAAAAAAAUUCCAGUAAUACAGAAAAAAACCCAGUGCUUUCAUUUGUACAUGCAUUCCUGCUACUCGGAAAUGAUUUUUUAAAAUACAGGUACAUUUAUAUAUCUUAUGUCCUGAUAUCCAUAGCACUCAUGUUCAAUUCCAGUUAGAUAAAUAUUGUUGGAAGGUGAAAAAAAACAGUGGGCCUCCUGCCAUCAGCUGAUUGCACGUGCACAUCACAUUAUACUGCACUGUUUACCAGUUGAGCAUAACAAUAACAACCAUGGUCUUUUAAGGGUUAACUUGUGAAAUUUUAUUGGAGCUGAGAUCUUCUAUUUUGUCUUUAUUAUAUAUAUGUUCUCUUGCUAGAUCUCAGGCGGAGUUGACAAUAGGUUUCUCAACACACAGGGCAACAGGUUGUUUUUUAUGUGGCCUACUUUCUUCUAGUUCAAGAUAAGCUUGAUCCACCUUUUUAGCUGCAGAGUUUUAGAGCAUUAGAAGCAACACUUUGUUUGAUAAUAUGAUUUUAAGGUUGUGCUGCUGUCUCAAAGAACGCUCGUAAUUCACGAAACUUGGCUGAGCGAGCUUAUUGUGAUCAACAUAUAGGCCUAUUUUGAUAUCGAUAUCAUUUUUAACAAACUGUGAUAUGUUUAUCAUGAUCAGAUUGUCUGUCUAUCUUUGUUGUUACUUUUUAGUUUUUAAGGUAGGCCUACUUUUUAGAAACCAGCCCCCAACACCUAUUUGACAUAUCAUGUAAUUUGUAGAGGUAAUGUUUAGUUUAUACAUAAAUCUAAGUCAUGCUGAUGUCAAAAUCAAUUGCCAAAGACAAAUUUAUUGUAGCAAAUUGUAGCAAAAAUUUGUAAUAAACAAUAUGCCUAUUCUCCCAAGUGCUUCUAGCAAGCAGGUAUCAUCAAGACCAUCACGUUUCAUAAUACAACAUGAUACAAGGUAUACCAAUCAAUUACAACAGCCUAUUCUGGGUGUGCACAUCCUCACGAGUUGAUUACUCAAUUAAUCAUGACAUCAGCUGACAACAAUUUGUAAAAUCAUUCAUUUUAUUUGGGGCGUUUGCCAUUGCUGUCAACACAAUGAAUUUUGUGAAAAACAAAGUCGUAUUUAUUACCUUUUUUCCUGAUUCCUUAUUAGUUUCUCCCUGUGUUCUUCACUUUUCCUCUUAACUUACAGUCUAGUUUAUAUCCCCUGGGGUACUUGAAACAUUGUCUUUAAAAACGGUUUUGUUGCAAACUCCUUCUAAUGUACUUUAUUCUUUGUGUAAAACCAUUCUGUUUACCAUGGAAAGAGAAAUGUUUGUUAGCAGUAUUAAAAUGCCGGAUAAUUUAUAACAAAUGAGGAAAAAAAGGCUCUGUUAUUUUGACUGCAGUUAUUAAUUACACUAGUGACCUUUUUUCACAGUACGUAUUUAUGAUCUUUAUGUUGAGAGUGAAUAGUUGAUAUGAAUUUGUUUUACAAGUAAUGUUUUUAAUUAAAAUCUGUUCAUUAACUCUCUCUUUACAUGAAUGGAGUACCUUAUUGCAAAUUGCAGAAUAGUGAUAAGAAGCCCUGAGAGUGAUAUAUUGCUGACAAAAUAUGUUCUGGCAUAUCAAUGCCGUUUGUUUUCACUCCUGGAUCUCUAUGGGUAUUGUGGAUGUUCACUUUUAUGAACACAGUAUAAUUGAAAUAUUUUGAAAUAAAAUGAGUUAUUUCAAUUGCCAAAAUCAAA